AUGCCAUCGGAAUUCUGCCCCACCUACGCACCGUUCUUCGGGGCCCUGGGAUGCACCAGUGCCAUCGUCUUCACUGCCUGUGGGGCAGCUUACGGAACGGCGAAGGCUGGAGUCGGCGUUUGCUCCUCGGGAGUCCUCCGUCCUGACUUGAUAGUGAAGAACAUCGUGCCCAUCGUCAUGGCUGGUAUCCUCGGGAUCUACGGCUUGGUGGUUUCAGUCCUGAUCGCGAACAACCUCUCCCAAGAAGUGGCUCUCUACACCAGUCUGCUCCAAAUGGGUGCUGGCCUUGCGGUCGGGCUGUGUGGAUUAGCCGCAGGGUUUGCGAUUGGGAUUGUCGGGGACGCGGGAGUAAGAGGUACAGCCCAGCAGCCGCGACUUUACGUUGGCAUGAUCCUGAUUCUGAUCUUCGCCGAGGUCUUGGGCCUGUAUGGUUUGAUUGUCGCUCUGUUGAUGAACUCCCGCGCGAGCGUUACGGACUUCAAAUGCAGCUGA